AUGUUCACAGCAAUACAAGGCGGACAACCGUAUCGGGCGAAAAAUGGCCAACUCUCAAUCAAAGCAACAAGCCUACCAAUUUUGGAAUCGCCUUGCUUGCAACGGUUUCCGGUGGAACAACGAGGGUUUGCAACAAGCCCGCUCUCCGAAACCAAUUAUCAGCCCCGACAUGUCGAGAUGCUCACAGACCCCGAGGUGGUAGAGACGCUCAAGGCACGAUCAGCGCUGGUGCGAGCGAUGCGGCAAUUUUUCGAAGCCCGCUCGUUUGUGGAAGUCGACACGCCCAUUUUAUCCGCCUUGGCUGGAGGAGCGACGGCCAAACCUUUCGAGACGACUGCGACCGAGUUUCCCGAUCGCAAAUUGAGCCUACGUAUCGCUCCAGAACUCUGGCUCAAGAGACUCAUAGUCGGCGGCAUGGAAAGGAUUUUUGAAAUCGGACCAUCUUUCAGGAAUGAAGGCUUGGACAAGACGCACAAUCCGGAAUUCACCACUUGCGAGUUCUACGCUGUCCGCCAUGACCUGCCGCAGUUGAUGGAGUUGACGAAACAGCUUCUCUCGAACAUUGCACAAACAAUAAAAGGCCUUCCAGGCAAUGGUCCACUGGGUCGAAAUCCGGAAGAACUAACAAAUAUCCUCGCGUCAGUGCAGCAACCUUACCAAGAGAUCGAUUUCAUUCUCACACUCAAUGAGAUAUUGGGACUCGAUUUACCGAAUCUGUCGGCUCGAGAAGCCCAGAGCCAACUCAUCGAGAUCUUUAACUCAAAGAACAUUCCUCUUCCCAGCAACCCCACGGUUCCUCGGCUCAUGGACAAGCUCUGUUCCGUCUACAUUGAGCCACGAUCCGCAGACAACAACCGGCCCAUCUGGAUUGUCAAUAUCCCCGAAUGUUUGUCACCUCUCGCAAAAUCUUUCAUCCAUCCUACCGCCCCGAACGAGCAGCCCGUCGCUGCCCGUGCAGAGCUUUUCAUCCGUGGCAGAGAAGUCGUCAACUGCUACGAAGAGGAAAAUAGCCCGUUUGAACAGAGGCGCAAGUUUCAGGACCAACAGCGUUAUGCGCGUCAGUUUGCUCGUACUACUGUCAGUGAUAACCGACAAAAGGAAAAGGAUCAUGACAAUGCCCUCGAUAGGGUCCAAAAGAGCAAAGAGCAACUCUUGGAUAUUGAUGAAGAAGCCAUGAAGGUUGACGAAGACUAUUUGGAGGCUCUGGAAUGGGGUCUUCCACCCACAGGCGGUUGGGGCUGCGGGAUCGAUCGACUAGUCAUGCUUUUUACCGGUAAUGAACGGAUAGGCGAUGUCUUGAGCUUUGGAAACCUCCGCGCCGUGACGAGGGGGGCAGAAAAGAUCAAGCAGGAAGAAUGA